AUGCAUGAUCAUCAUCUUCAAUGUCCGCAUGAUGCUUUUCAUUGCAUGGGUGGUCUUGCCAAAGAAAUGCUUCAAUCAACAUUUGAAAUCUUAUCCUCAAAAGGAGAGACCGAAUUUUUGAAAGUUUGGCACAACUUCGAAUUUCCUCCAUAUUGGUCUCGACAACAAAAUCCAAUUACCCAUUUAGGCUCAUACUUUUUUUCUGAUUAUCUUCGUCUAAGUAUGAUUAUGCCAUUUCUCAUUAAUCGGGUAUUACAUAUCACGAUGCUAAAUAAAACAUUUGUCGAAUAUAUGAUUAAGACAUGCACAAUAACGAAAAGUCAGGUUCUGGAUAAAUUGUUAGGUUUAUGGUAUAAUACUAUAGUUCAGACUGGUUGCGAAGUGAAUAUUUCAGUUGCUAUGAAGGAAAUGGUGCAUAGACUUUUCAAGGCUAUUAUCCCUCAUUCAAAUAAAAAAAAUAUAGAACUGGAUUUUAUGCAUCGUGAUAAUUGUUUGCAAGCAUUACGGUUUCUAAUGGAUAGUGGUAUUGACGAAAGAUAUGAUAAGACAACAUACUUUAAUUUCAGCAUAUUAUCAAAGGAUCGAUGUGUACGUAUGCUGCUUGAUUCAUGCUACAUUUCGCUAUCAAUAAUAGAUUCAGAGCAGGAAGAGAUAUAUAAUAUAACCUCAUAUAACAAGAAUGACUUACGGACUGCUGGCUUUGAGAAAGUUCUUAAUGAUGAUUUAUUUGCUGAACUUAGAUACGCAUAUAAAGAAGAAUUUGAUUGUGUUGAACAUCUUACAUCACAAACCGUAAAAUAUUUCAAUAGUAUUAGCUAUACUAUAGUUGAUAAUGAUGAUCGAGUAGAUGUGAACCUUUGUGUUGGUGAUACUGUAGAUGUUUUAGAAGAUAUAUCAAAUGAUACAUUGAAUAAUCCAAAGACA